AUGGCUCCGGUUCUGCUACCAUGUAUGAUUGAGAGGUGGCUCAUCCCUCUUCCUCCCGAACUAUUGCCGCUCGGCUUUCCUCAAGAUCGAGCCUCUGUCACGGUGUCUUCUCCUUUCCCUGAACCUACGGUCCCUCCCGACUCUCUCCUUCCAGAUUUUCCAUCCCCUCUCGUUCGAGCCUCUGUCCCGGCUUUCGCGACGUCUCUUCCUCUCCCCGAGUGCAAUUUCCAGAUCUAUAUGGUUGUAUGGUUGAAGUCUCAACUCACCUUUCAAAACUCAGGCAAUUCAUCCGCAAUGAUAGAUCCAGGCAAAGUUUGUUCCUCCUCUGAAGGAGGUGUUCUUCCGUUGUUAGGAACCGUCCAGCUGGCUGGAGUAACCUCUGACGGUCUUUCCCUUGUCGACUCCAACAUUUGUGUUUUGGGCCUUAAAAAUUCCUUUGGGGUGGGCUGUAAAAAUUCCUUCGGUGUCGUGGGCCUCUCUAUGGGAUUGCAUUGGGCAAUGAAGAAGAAUGGACAAAAAGCCCAUGUCCCUCCAUCCAAAGUGGUCGUUGAAUUUACCCGAAGAUCAAUUCCAACUUCAAUCUCAAUCCUCGUGAAGUCCAAGCUCAGGAAAAUUUUCUGGAUUCUCAAAUCCUGUAAUUUACUCUCGGUGGAAGAGUUCAGUUCCACCUUCUUCCAUCUCUUUGAGACUGGUCGUAUCUUCUUCCCUCUCUUGGAUGGAGAGUGGUCGAAUUUGCGAGCUUUAAGCCGGGACUUUCAAAGUCACAUUGGAAAGUGA